ACAACUCUGAUUGGCCAAUUCUGUCCUUAACUAAAGUUAAAAGUUAACUGGCUGGGCUGUUUAUAUAUGAUCUGUUAUACAAAAAGUAUUUUGCUGCAUAUGUCGCGAGAAUACGGGGGGAUUUUGCAGGCCCAGAAGCCUCGUAUAGCUCAGUUUUUUCACAUUCCGAAGAAUGGUCCAUGCUCGGAGUGAUGCUCCCGCUAUUCCUUUUCUAUACCGAGCACGUGGUCAGGUAAGACUCGUUCAUUAACCAAAAUAUGCGUGUAUGACUGAAAUAUUAACUUUAACAGAGUCAUAAUUAUAUUGACGAUGUUUUUCUUAUCUAAUGAUGCAUAUCAAAAUUAUUUACUUAAAUUAGCAGAUUCAUCAAUGAAUUUUUCCCGCCUAUGGCAAUCUAGUUGCUUUUCAAAGAAAAUGAUUAUCAUAUACUGAGCGAGAUGCCUGCUGUCUCAAUUAUCAAUUACAUACGAUGAUCAGUUUUUAUUAAUCAUGGACAUAUGCAAUUAUAUUCUAACACUUUGUCUUUGAAGAACUUCUCUUGAUCAAGUGGAUGAUUUGGUGCAGAAAGUACCUGAAAUAUCGGCAAGGUCCUUCUGGCAAGUGUUCUGAUAUUUGCUUGGCCCGUCAGCCAUUAUGAGAGUAAAAAUGAAGGAAACUAAGAAACAUAAAAUUGUUGUGGCGGAACGUAACUUCUCUUCAUCAACGUAGAUCAGCGAUCUUCACUAUUGAUACAGGUCAUUUGAUAUGUAUUAUCGGUGUUUUCAGUCGUAACACAUGCCAUUAUGGUAACUGUAUACUUUAUUAUACAGACACAGUCAACGCACAACUGGUUACUGGUACCAUUGUGGAGCGCAGAAGUAUCACAGAAGAAAAUUGAGUACUGAUCAUAUUGAUGCAUUUCAUGAGAUUGUUCAUUUGAGUUUACUAGAAAGAGACGAUUAUAAUUCUACGAAACUACAAAAUGGCCACUGCGAUUAAUGAUGUUUUUGUGAAGAUUGGCGAAUUUCGUCAAUAUCAAUGGUUUUUAUUGACCUUGUUGGGAUACGGAACAAUAGCGAUUGCCGCUCUACCUACAAUGAUAGUGUCGUUCAUCACUGCUGAACCUGAAUGGAAAUGUGUUGAAGGUUAUAAGAAUAAUACCGUGUGUAGAUUUAACAACACAAUAACGUUAACCAGUGAUGAUUACAAAGCCAGAUGUAACAUGCCGAGAGAAGCUUGGAUGUUUGUAGAUGACUUCACAUCCGUUGUUACUGAGUACGACUUAGUUUGUGAUGAUUCAAUUCUUCUCUCCAUCGCUCAAUCCUGUUACUGGAUUGGAAUGCUAAUUGCGUUAUUGGUCGGCGGUUUUCUAUCAGAUAAAUAUGGCAGAAGAUUAGUUUUGUAUGGUGGUUUUGCUCUUGUAGCCAUCGCGACUUGCAUAAUGGUCUUUCCAAAGGCGUUUGUGCUAUUCAUUGUUUGCCGAAUCUUUAUCGGUUUAGGUUCAGGGUUCCGAAAUGCCACUCAUUUCACCAUGCUUGUCGAAUUCACAACUGAGAGAUAUCGUUCAUGGAUAGGUGUCGGUUCUUUCGUAUUUUGGGCAGUUGGAAUAUCAGUAAUGCCUUUGAUUGGGUUUUUAGUCCCUGCGUGGAGAAUGUUUCUGCUUGUCACAGCUGUUAUUGCCAUCCCCAUACUGUUUGUUUAUUGGUUAGUACCAGAAUCUCCUCGAUGGUUGUUACUAAAUGGUAAAGAAGAAGAGGCCAAAAAAGUCCUUUCCAAAGUGGCAAAAAUGAAUAAACGACAACUACCAGAUGAUCUCGUGUUGCAAAAACCUGUGAUAACUCAAACACGGAUGAGUUUUAGGCAACUUUUCAGAAACUGGAAAACUGCUAAGAAAACAUUAAUUUCUUGGGAUUUAUGGUUUGCCAACGCUUUGGUGUACUAUGGUGUGUCUUAUGGUUCUGUUGAUCUUGGUGGGAAUAGAUAUCUGAAUGUUUUCCUGGUCAGUGUUGUCGAGAUACCUUCAAAUUUUGCUUACAUUUGGGCCUCGCGCAGAUUUGGACGGAAAAAGUGUGUCCUUCUUCCUUUGGUUGUUGCAUUCAUUGUAACCGCUAUCUCAGUGGCUAUCCCGACAGGAAAGAGUGACGCAAGUGUCCGUGGACGUAUUACAACUGCUAUGAUUGCAAAGUUUUUCAUCAAUUUUUCCUUUUCUGGUAUUUAUCUGUGGUCUGCUGAGAUGUUUCCAACUGUGAUAAGAUCGACAGCGAUAUCUACAUCUUCUGCGAUCGCACGAAUUGGAUCAUUUACUGCCAGUUACAUUAUUUGGCUAAUUCGUUACCAUGCAGCCCUGCCGUACAGCAUAAUGGGAAUAAUUUGCUUCCAAGCAGCAGUUCUUGGGAUCUUCUUGCCUGAAACCAAAGGAAAACCAACCUUGGAGACAAUGGAUGACAUGGAAGAAAAGCGGGAAGUUGCUUUACUUUUGAAUGACAAAGACGACGCUGGUGAGAUUCUUAAGAAACAAAAUGAGAUUUGCCUUUAGUCUCUUUGAGUAGUCCAGUAACACUAUUUUGAAAU